CCGCGAAAAAUCCCGAACCGGCCUCAGCCCUCGAACCCAAACCGUUACCGGUUCAAACCCUCUUCCCUAAAAUUCCCAUCAGACCAUCAAAGCUUUCGAAAGCCCAAACACCGACGGAUUGCAUCUUUUUCUUCGCACCGCGAAGAAAUCAGAUCUUCCCUCUCAAAUAAAACCUAGGGUUUCCGUACAUUCUAGGGUUAGGGUUCCGUUUUCCAUUUUCUUCCUCCUCGAUCUUGAAAUCCGAGGAUUAGGGCUUCCGUUUCCGAUUGCCGCCAUGGACGGAAUCGAUCUUCGAGUUACAGAGACUGGAUAGCUCCUUGCACGGAAAUGGACGAGGUCUGGGAGAGAGCUGUUGAAACGGCGUUAGACGGCCAGUCUGACUGCUCUUCUGCUCGAACCCUAACCCUAGAUGGCGUUGUUAAAUGUCUCCAUGGCCGUUUGCCGCCGCCUGGCUUGCUCGAGAAAUUCCAAGCCCUUGAGCACCUCUCAAUCGCCAACAUCGGGGUGUCGUCGCUCGAGAAGUUCCCACGCCUUCCCAAUCUCCAGAAGCUCAUCCUUUCAGACAACCGCAUCGCAGGUGGUCUCGAAUUCCUGGUCGAGGCGGGCCUUGGAGCUCUCCGCGAUCUGGACCUUUCCAACAACCGUAUCCAGUUCAUUGAGGAUCUGGCCCCGCUUGCACAGCUGAAGCUUGUCUCACUUGAUCUAUAUGAGUGCCCAGUUACUCGUGUCAAAGACUACAGGUCGCAGGUCUUUGGCAUGAUCAGAUCUUUGAAGUAUUUGGAUAAGAUGGAUGCAGACGAGAACGAGCGGCCAGAGUCGGAUGAAGAGGAUGAAGAUGAGGAGGAGGAGGAGGAUGACGAUCCGGGUAGUGGGGAGGUCGAUGGUGAGGAUCGGACGGGGAAGUUGAUUAACGGCAGGGCUGAUGAAGGGAUUGUGGAUGCUGAUGAUGAUGAAGAGAGUGAUGCAGAUGAGGAGGAGACGGCAACAAAUGGCUCAGACAGAGCAACCCAUCAUAUGACGAAUGGGUUUCGGGUGGCGGCUUCUAUGAAUGGCGUGAAUGUAGAUGAGGAUGAGGAAGAUGUGGAGGAUGAAGAGGAUGAAGAUUUGGGGGAGGAGAUUGAUGAGGAAGAGGGAGAGGACGAGGAUGUUGUUGAAGUUCAUGAGAUUGAGGAUAGCGAGGAGGAUGAAGAUGGGGUUGAAGAGGAUGAGGACGAGGAUGAUGAAGAUGAGGAUGAAGAGGAUGUGGAAGAUGAAGAGGAUGAUGGAGAAGAGCCAGGGAGCACAGGAAGGUUGACAAGCACAGAAGGGGAGAUUGAUGGGCACGACCAGGGAGAGGAAGAUGAGAAUGGUGAGAUUGGGGAAGAGGACGGGCAGGGAGUUGAAGAAGAUGGAGAGUACGAAGAAGAUGAUGGUGAGGGUGAGGAUGAGGAAGAGGAUUUUGGGAUGGAGUACUUGGUGCAGCCCAUUGCUCCUCCUCCGGAGGAGGCUGUAGGCAGCGAUCUGGAUGCUGGCAAUGAAGAAGAUGGGGAAGAAGAGGAAGUGGAAGAUGAAGAUGAUCACUGCAGCGCUCAGCCACAGCCACAGCCACAACCACAGCCACAGCCACAGCAGCCUUCUUCAUCUCAGGUCAAGAGAAAAAGAGGCGGUGAUGAUGGUGGUGAUGAUGAUGAUGAUGAUGACAGUGUGGAGGAUGCAAAGUUGUCAAGGAACCAUUGAGGCUCCACGUGUGUAUAUGGAAUCUUGGUAGAGAGAGAAAUGGGGGGGCCUUAGUUAGAUUGUGUAGGUACACUUGUUAGCUCAAAAGACGUUAGAAAGAGUGGCUACUUUUGUUAGGAGAAGUAGAACGAGGGUUUGUGAGUAGUAGUAUUUAGUUCAAUUUCAAAAAGUCGUUAGUCUCUUGUCCUCACGUGCUUCUCCCCAUUUAGUGGCCGUUAUACUUUUUUCAAAUGGCAGUUACCUUGGUUUGAGGUUCCCCCGCGAAAGGAAAACAUUAAAAAAAAGAAAAAAAGGAAAAAAGACAGACCCCGCGGGUUUUGAAUUUUAUUCUUCUUUACCUCUCUUUUUUUCUUCUUCUUUUCUGUCAUGUAAGACAUGGGUAUAUGUGUAGAGUACUUUCAUCUGUUUUAUCCUGAAAUCAAAGGUCAGUAAGCUUUGCUAUA